GCCAUCUAUGGCAAAUAUUUUCAACCUCAUACGGGGUUCUCAGUUUUGCUUUCACUUUGGGUUUGCUUUUCAAAAUCCCUUUUUUAGCCUUCCAAAUUGGACUAAUGACAAUAAUUGUCAUAUUGUACGUUACGUGCCGGUGUAUCUCAACCAUCAUAAUAACACAAAUUAUUUGAGGACAAUGUAUGUGUGUCACAUAAUCCUUUCAUGAUAAUAAAUUCAUGUGGAAAUUUGAUACGCCAGCAGCACGCCUAAUCAUAAAUUUAAAUCUCCCUCCGCAUUCUUGACAAGUGACAGUUAGGCAGGUACUUGGAUGUGUGUUGAUUGUUGUUUAAAGUUGUGAAUACAGGAAUGUUGUGGAAAUACAACAAAAAGGAGUGUACUGGACCUUUGUGAAUAAAAUAAUCUAGAAAAAUAUGCGGUAGGACUUCAGCACCGCCCCACACAAACGCGUGAACAACAAAUGUUUAAAUGGAAGCAUCCUCCAUUAUAACUCAGGUGUCAAGGGACGACGAACAUCUGAAUAGUUAUGCUAACGAAAAAGUCAAAAAUGAUGGAAGUGGCGAAUCAACACCAUCAGACACUCCUGAGCCUGCCGCAGUGCCCGUCCUGCCAAAUGCCCAACCGAAGAAAACCUCCCAAGGCAGCAAAGCAGGCAACUUCUUUCGUACUUUGUUCUGUUGCAUCCGAGGCAAGAAGGGCAAGGGGCCGGCGGGUCAAGGAGGCGAACAGUGCACGGAUGGGGCCCUUUACGCAGCUGGCGGCAACAGGUGCUCUUACUUGCUACCUCCUGUCAGGCACCAAGAUAUGUACAAGAAGUGUAUGGUGAUUGAUUUGGAUGAGACGCUGGUGCAUAGCAGUUUUAAGCCGAUAACGAACGCCGACUUCGUAGUGCCCGUAGAAAUCGACGGCACGGUGCACCAAGUGUACGUGCUAAAGCGACCUCACGUGGACGAAUUCCUGAAGCGGAUGGGCGAGCUGUAUGAAUGCGUCCUUUUCACGGCCUCAUUGGCCAAAUACGCGGACCCCGUUGCGGAUCUUCUCGAUCAGUGGGGCGUGUUCAGGGCGAGACUAUUCCGGGAGAGUUGCGUCUUCUACAGGGGCAAUUACGUCAAGGACUUGAACAAGCUCGGCAGAGAGUUGCAGCAGAUCGUUAUUGUUGAUAACUCGCCUGCUUCGUAUAUAUUCCAUCCGGAUAAUGCUGUGCCAGUGGCGUCGUGGUUCGACGACAUGAACGACUCCGAGCUGAUGGACCUGAUCCCGUUUUUCGAAAAGCUGGCGAAAAUGGACAACGUAUACACGGUGCUUUGCAACUCCAACCAUCCGUACAACACGACAACGGGACAACAGCAACAAGUCAACGGGCCACAGAACCACGUACAAGCCAAUCACUCACCCGCAGGUACGUAGCAGGACCGAGACCUGCGCCUUCCGGUGAUCAUUGUUGUUGCUGCGAUCAAGGGACGCUUGUUGUUUUUUUAUUGGUUGACGUGACCGAGGAAACGUACGGUUGUUCGGUUUUUUAACCAAUGGCUUUUGAGUAAAGUGUUGCGGCGAUCCAGGGUUGUUGCCAAAGAAUUGCUGUCAGUCGUGCUCCAAGUUGAAACUAUUAUUUACUGCAAGAAUGAGUCAAACGGAAUUAGAAUGUUAUAGGUUACAUUGUCUCAGUAGUCUAUACUGUAUUCAAAUCCGAUUUACACCUCGCUCCUAUUGGCCAGCAAGCCAUAAAUGUCUGGGCUGGUAACGACAAGCGAAUACAAGCGGCGGUCGACUGUUUGUUAUAACACAUAGUAAAAGGGGUUUGGAUAGGGUUUGGAUGGUAUACAUAUUCAUACCAUAAAAAUUGUCCUGGUAGCAUUUUUUUCACUACCUCUCUUGCCAGAACUAAUUAGAUGAAAAAUUGAGACUCAACGAGCAGGUACUUAAUUUGGAGCAGUUGAAACGGCAGUUGAUGGUAUGAUGAUAUUUUCUUCAAUUCCGUUCACAAAGAGCAACUCUGUUUCUCAAGAAGGGGGCAAUUGGAAAUCGAUAAAAUCAUCGAUAUCCUAAAAUUGCACAACACGGAAAGUCUCGAAUCGCAUUUUUUUCGAGACAUCCUACUGCAGUAAAGGUGAGAAAUAUGGUAUAAUAUAAUAUCAAAGCUUCACGGUGAGAACUACAUCUUGUAGCUAUGUAACUUGGAGCAUGAAUGUUUGCCAAAACUGUAUUUACUUCAGAACAUGCAGAAUAUAAUAUAUAUUUUAAUAUAUUAUGAAUAGUAUAUUUGUACUAAUUUCUGUAAUUCGUGUUAUUUGAUUUUGCACAAAAAUAUGACUGAUGGUAAUUUGAUUCUUGAGCUAGUCACCAGACUAACACUUUUAUAUUGGACAAGCAAAUAAUUUUUGAAAACGUACUUUUUCAUCUAUUGAUGUAAUUUAGAAAUAGGGUUGAAGUUCUCAUGUUCAUGUAAAGCCAUAAAGUUAAAGCUAUAGUAUUAUGCAAAAUUUUGCGCUCAAACGUAUUUCGCACUGUACGGCCAUAUUGAAAUGAUAUAGAAAUAUUUUUUAUACUUUUAUAUCAGAAGAAAUUCAAAAGUUUGUAAAGUAUACUCAUACUAUUAUUAAUAAGGGACCAUAGAGCUUAUAUUUUUAUGAAAUUUAAACUGUAAGUUCUACAGCCAUUGUUUGACAGUUUUUGUUCUGUAUUAUUACAAUUAACCAUUGUAUUGAAAAAUGAGUAAUGCCGUAAGCUGUAGAAAAAAUAUCAUUUCAUUUGUAGCUAUGGCACUGUCAUCUUUUUCAAUUCCUUAUAUAAUGACUAUUGCUUAAACUAAAGAAAGCGCUCACAUGCUAGCAUGGGUUCAGAUCAUGAUAAUUUCAUACCAUGUACCAUGCACUGCAAGCACUGCUAGCUGAGGUAUUAUUGAAUGACAAUAAGAAUGCGAUUUUAAAUUGUAUUGAUGGUCUUGCUCAUAUAUGAUUAAAUGGACGCAUGUUUUCAUGAAACGUAACCUUCCAAUAUGUUUCAUGUCAUUUAUGACAUAUUAAAUAAAUAAAUAAGUUACAUAAGUAUGUUUGAUAAUUCCAUGUAAUUCUAUUGAUUUUACUUUGAAGAAAAAAUAACUUGAAUGGGAAGUCAGCUUGAAAAUCUUGUUUACAGAAACUGUUGUCACAUAGUAAAGUAUCAACUCAAUAGUGACUAAAUCCUUCAAAGAUUAAUUACUAACGACGAACAUUGCCAUUUUGUAAGAAACUUUCAUCUUAAUCUGAAGCAAAAUAUUAAGGUCCGUAUAUGAAUUGUUACAAUAAGCAAUACAUUUUUUGUUACAUCACAUAAGCUGUUAUGUAUGCCAUUGGUUAAAAAACUGAGUGACUCAAAAAAGUAAUAUAUUGUUAUGGCUAGGAAUAACAUAUGCGGAUAUGUUGAUUUGGUUAGUAAAUAGUUUUUUUAAUGUAUGGUCGUCUUAUCAGGAGAUAUUUGUGUGAAAUUUGAACUUUGAUAAUUUGUUAUCAAAUAAAACUAUGCAAUUCAUACUGGGCGAUAAUCAGAUGUAUCAUUUUUAAGUACUGAUAAUUUGCAAUAACAAAACAUGAGGGGGCUAGAUCAUUUUAGAACUACGACAGCUCGAUGUACCUGGCUGUUACACUUUUAACAUACAAGUCUUAAACGAAUAUAGGGUUAUGUUGCGAAAUAUGUAGUGAGGGCCGUAUUAUGUGUCCAGCGAAAAAAUGUAAAAGGUGGAAUAGUGAGAUGAGAUAUCAAUAUGUGCGUCGGCAUCGUCUGAGAAACUGUCGUUGUCAGAUACUUCUGAUAAGUGAAUUAUAAUUGAGGUAUUUAAUACCACCCACUGACAGUGCCACGAUCGGCAUUAGCCGUUUUUUUAAUGCUUCCAAAACACAGUACUGUACCUUGACUAACAUCCUAGCGCUCAUCCGGUUCCGAUGGAUGGCCGAGUUCGAGUUCUACUAAAAAGCUGUUCAUUACGGCUGGUCGAAGUUUAGAUCCUCCGAGAAUUUGAUUUGGCAUGAACACAUCGCGUUAAUAGCGACAGCUGCUAGGAAAAAACUAGACUAUUUGUUUGGGGAUAAGAAGUACUUUUUUCACAUGACUUCCCCACUAUGUAAAAGGUCCAGACAAGAUCUAGUCUCGAGUACUGCUCACAUUGGUUGGGGUGCUGCCGCCCCGACUACAUUACCCAUGCUCGAUGCUGUUCAGAGGAGGGCUGUCUGACUGAUUGAUGUCUCUUCUAUACCUGACAGAGUCGAGACACGCGCCAACGGGCCGUCGGCGAUCUAGCUCUCUUCUACCGUUACGCUUACGGGCUUUGCUUUUCAGAGCUCUCCUCCAUGAUGUCGCCGCCCAAUGUGCCUGCCGGACAGACCCGCCUGACCAGCCUCCCAUCCAAAACUGACUGGUAUGACCGCUUCUUUGUCGCUAGGGUAUCGAGAUUGUACAACCGACUACCUAAGGAGGUUUCCAGUUCUACUAACCUCAUGCAGUUCAAAAAUCGGAUUAACAAAGUUUCUUUAAGCUCCUCCUAGCAGCAGCGGUGCCCUGGUAUAUAGGUUUUUGCCUGCGAAGCUGCUUUGGUAUAAAAAUCCAAAAUACCUAUUGAUUACAAUAAAAAUUAUGAAAUAAUCAUACGGGUAUAUGUCACGUAGAUGUGCAAGGAACAUCCUAAGAUCUACAUUUCACGCACAAUGUCUGACGCCAUCGCUAUUAACAGCCCGCACUCCUUUGCCUUGCAUUCUUUCGCAGGACAGAUAAUGGUUUUUAUAUAAUCUUCAUUACCAAAAUGAUGGUUGCGUUCAAAGAACAUAGCGCUGCUCGAGUGAUCGCUGACAUUGGCACUACUACGUCUACUCGACAUCCCUACACGGUUUAGUGAAACAGAUCACAGCACCAAACACCAUUGUGAAGUGUGGGUGAAAACUUGUCAACGUCAGACGCAGCGAUCUCUCGAGUCUCGAGUUAUGAUGUGUUCUAAAGAAGGCGGCUAUUGAUACCAUGUAAAAGUGCACACCCAUUGAAGGGAAACGACAUGAAGAUAAGCGAAACUGUUCCAGUGGAGCGACGCGAAGCAAAACGACGAGUCAGCUUUGAAAUGUGAAAAUAACAAAUGUCGCAGCGGUUCCCUUCACGUCGUUUGGCCUCAUUCGGCGUGCAACUUAACUCGCUCAGUGUGAAUUGUUACCUGAAGAUAUCAAGUAUUUGUAUGUAUGUUACAUACAUUUUAGACUGUAUUUUAUUAUGCAUAUUCGAAGUUACACAGUAUUUCACACGAAUAUUCUUCAGCCACUACUAUGAUAUACAGGAUGGUUCAGAUGUUGAUGUCAACGAAACAGGUUGAAAAUAUUUUGUUAACCAUUCACUAGAUGUGAUGAGACUUGGAUAUUUUUUAAUAACAUAUUUAAAUCUGACGAAAUUUGACUGUGUGAAUUGUUGGAGAAUUCAGAGUUACUUCAUUAUUUAAGAUCUUAAGAAUUGAAUAUUUCUAGUUAUUUGGUUCAAAGGUGUAAGCUUCUCACCUUAUUUAUGUUCUCGACGUUUUUUUUAUCUGAAACACCCUGUAUAAUACGUACCAAAUAAAUCAUAGGGGCCUUUACGUUUGAUGCUGAAGAGAACACACUUUUAUACGGUUUUUUACAUUUUUGCGAUGGCUGAAACUACGGACUGAAGCUAAAUUCUAUUUAAAACUGAAAAAGCCAUCCGAGUACAUAUCAAAUCAUGAUACUCUUUUUGAUAAACUACUAGAAAGGAUUUUUUCCAUGUAGGUAUAUUUUGUUACCUACCGGUAAGAAUUUUAAAUAAUAUUCUGAGACUUGGUUUGGAAGGACUGUUGAAAACACACCUUCGUGUAGUCCUUUCAAAAUUCGAGCACAUCAUUAAAAUACUACGAAUUGGUCGACAGUGUUUGAAAAAGUGAAAAGGUUGUAAACAUAAUUGGACAAUAUGACCAUAACUGAUAUGGUAUUCUGUUUAAAUUUCACAUAUUAAGCUAUUUUAUUUAAUCACUAGUCCAUCUGGAACAAUGAACGCUAAAAUUAUCGGUCCAAAGACCCUUCAAAAUUUUAUAGCAUACUGACCGACUGUUUUAAACAGGCUUUGUGAUUGUAAAAGAAUAUACAUAUUAUAGAUAUUUUUAUACGCACACAUUGCAUAUUUUGUUACUUUUUGUAUAUGUGUGCUUUAAGUCAAGAGUAGUGGGGCAGGGACAUCACUGUACAAUGUGUGUUGACAAAAAUCAUUACUUUUGUUCAGCAUUUAUGGCAAUUACCACUGUACCAUGUUCAUGCGUUGGACUAUGCGAAACUCUCUGUAUCGGAAGCUGCAAUUCUUUAAAUUUCGAAACUAAUAAAAAAUGGCGUCUUUCUGCAAUUUUUUUUAUUCUGCUCUUUCCAAGAUUCUGAAGUUAGAGAAUUGCACCAAAGACUGAGCAGUAUCAAUAUUUUUAGAGUUAAUGUUGAUAAGCCCUUCUCUACAAUAACAAUCAAUGAAAUUUGCAUCUUCUGUGUGGCCUUCUUUUCAACUUUUUGAAUUUUUUCUUGCGAAAAUCCAGUUUUGGCUAAGAAAUAUCAAUAUAUUGACUAGAAAGAUCAACAUUUUUGAGUCCAUCUCCAGCUAUAACUUCACUUUUCCAGCACAAAAGUUAGAUUUUGGUUAAAAUACCUACCUCUGUCAUAUCUCUUGCAUAAAAAUGAUAAUGCAUAACGUUGGCAUCUGUUAAGUCUUAAAAAAUUCGAAAUGACAGGGUAAGAACUGGUCCGAUUGUAUGUAAACAAUUUUUGAUUCCACAUUUUCUAAGCUCCAGUGUCCCACGAAAAUAUCUAAAUAAAAAACAUGUUUUUCUAGAGUUGUAGGACUACUACUGUUUUUCAUUUUGACUUAUAUGUGAAAAUUAAACACAUUUUCCGACAUAAUCAUAGAACUGUUGCAUAUUAUUCAUUGUAUCCCUUAUUUGUCUCGUCGAUGUAUUGUGUCUUGUUGAAAAACGUAAGAGUGCGGUAAGAAUUUUUAUGUUGUCAUUACUGAGCAAUAAUUGUUAGUGAAUAUUCUAAACAUAGAUGUUAAUUCUUGUACGACUUGAAUACUUUCGCUUGAUUAUAAAGAAUUAAUUGGGAAUGUUGAAUUUAUCGGACAGCCAGUGUCGCAUCUUUCCCGCGACAAAAUUUAAUAGCAUCAUUGCCACAGCAUAUAUUACACACAGCAGCGCAACUCUGUGGAAAUUACAUUACAAUUUUUAUUUCUUUGACCGUGGGGCUGGAAACACGCUAAGAACAUGUCGAAUGCUCCGCAUAAUUAACUCUUAUGCUGUUACACAUAGCGGUGCAUUCAUACUACAUUCAGUAUUGGCGAGAGGCACGAUUUAAGUUGGCGCUGCUCAAAUAAAAAAAGCGGACAGAAAGGGGUUAUUUGAAUUUUGUAUAUUCAGCUUCACACACAACGCGGAUUUAUAAUUUUUCAUAAUUUUUACAAUGAUCAUCAAAAACAUAUUUUCAGCCUACGCGACAAACAGUAAUUGGAGACGCAAAAUGUUCUGUAAGCAUUUACUUAUGAAAAUGAUAUUAAUACUGUUUAUUACUAAAUACAUACACGGUAAAGUCCUAUAAAAUUGUAACCACACUUUGAGCAGAACAGUAAGGAAAUCUUAUACAAACUUUUUUUCAAAUUUCGUUUUUUAUAACCUCUACGGGUUACAUUUUUCAUAGACCUCCACAUAUUUUAAAGGGUUAUAAACAAUUAACCUUAAUGACUAUUUAAUAAAAUGGGUCAUGUAGAACAUUUUUUCCACAUACUAUCCUUCAAAUUCACAAGAUUUGCUGGAUUUACAGUCACUAAAGGUUCAAAGUGAAAUAAUGAUGGCGAAACCAAUUUUAUUUUUAUUACUCUCGACCCCUUUUUUAGUGCUGACCCCGUUGGUGGAUGGAUAAUUCUGGAGUAUAGAAAUAUUUCCCGAAUCUUUUACUAUAUAUUGAAGGCUCCAUAAGAAACGCGUGUAAAUGUUUGAAAUCAACCGUUGAUUGAAUUGACUUACUUCCCUCUAGUUCAAAUGCUAUCCGCAUGGUGGCGCCUAAGUAGAGUUGCCUCUUGCCAAUAGAACCAGAGUGUCCAUGGCUUGAUCAUGCACUAAGGUCCAACUGGUAUUUCAAACCGACGCUUCACGCACGCACCACGCAUUGUCAGUGCCUUGUUGGUGAAGGGAUGCCAUAAUAUUUAAUGACUUAGCUGUGAUUUUAAUAUCGUUUUCUGGCGCUUUGAUAUUUGAAAAUACUCAUGAAAUUUUUGGGCCUAAACGUGUGCAUAGAUUUUUCGUAAUUUGAUAUCAAAACGGUAAGUUCAACUUUCACCGCUCGUAGGACAAGUUGUCACACCGCAAAAAACGAGCGUUUAGCACUACACGACACUACGUUUAGCGAUGUAUAUAGGAAAGCGUUCGAUCGAACGGGCGUUCAGCAUUGUCGACGCGCGUCAAACGCGGUCCGUGUCAACAGCAAGUUGUGGUGAGUUUAACUGGCUUUUUUGUGGUGAGAUAACUUGUCACCCAUGUGUACGGGCAGUCAGCGCUAUUUCGUGAGAUCGAAACAAAAUUUGCCUAAUUCUCAUUAGAUUGUUUUGGUUUCACCUAUAUAGGCAUUGGUAUGAUAUUCUUGCUUCAUGAUUUCAUUGAUGUUUGUGAAUUAUGCUACAUAUUUUCGUGGAAUGUUCAAUUGUCUUGUAUCGUUGCAGUAUUUUCAGUCCUCGAAACAUGACUGCUUUUGAUAUCCUUUCAUAUUAGCUAUCAUAUAAAAAAUACUGUAAGCUAGAGGGAUCUGGUCUGUCUCCCUUAAAUACAUUCAUAUUGUUCACUUUCAUCAGAAUGCAGCACUUACUGCGUUUAUAAGUUUUCCUUGAAACAGCUUGCCAGCUGUGCAUUUUCCUUUCACUAUAGUAUAUUUAGUUUCGUUUGCAGUAAUUUGGUAGGUCAAAAGCAGUCUUUUCUCUUGGACUAUUGAUCGUAGUAUGAUGUAGGAAUCAAUUAUAGAAAUUGCAUUUAUACACUCAACUGUUUAUUGGUGCGUCCAACCAUAUCGGUACAUAUUAAGUAGAUGUUAUACUGAUUUUGAUAUAUGUACCUGUUUUUGUAUUACUGUGAAAAUUUGGAGAAGUGCUCUUGAAUGAUGUAGGGGUCAAAGUAAAAAAUAGCCAUCAUCGGUGCCUAUUUUUUGUUUACGUCAGCUUAAUAUGCAAAUCACAUAAGUCCAGUUUUGAAGAAAAUGAGAUAUUGGAAUUUUUAGUUGAUUCUAUGUGACGCGCAUGUCCCAAGAAUUCCUCAUAACUCGCAAAAAAUGCGUAAGCGACAUAUUCGGUGUCAAGAAUUCCACAUAGCACUCACUCGCUCUUGCUCUGACCGACAGUAAUAUCACACAAGUCCAUACAAGUUGAGUGUUUUGGUAUGCCUUAAUGAAGUCUGUGCAUGUCUGUUGUUGGCGGUAGUAUUUGAUACCUGUGCAUGUUUAGCAUGGAGUAAAACUCUGAUUAAGUAGGAUAAGGUAACAGUACCAUGUUGAAUCAGGAUUAUAUUAAAUUAGAUGUUGGAUAGCGACUAAUUGUCUUAUAAACGGAAACUACGGAGUUAUGCGAUUUUAUCGUUCGGACUUAUUUGAUUUGAUCAUCAUAGAUAUAAAAUAUAAACACUUCAGACAUGGGAUAAUUUUUUUAAUCUCCUCUAAAAUCAGUGGUAUGGGACUUGUGUGCUUUGCAUAUUAAGCCUACGUUGUGCUGAUGUUGCUUUUUUUGUUUCAAUAUACGUUAGGUACUACUCGUGAAACGAGUGGAUGCAUUGAAAUAAAAUGUUCAUCUUGACGUUUUUCGUUCUCUUUGCAGUCUGUUCACAGUAAUACAACUGUUACAAAAACCGUUCCUAAUCGUGUUACCGACUAAAUGCCUUUUGGCAGUAAUUCAUGAGAAUAAAUGCGUAACGUUUGACAAUCUUGAAAUUCUUAACUGAGCUCUCCGCGACGUAAUAAAUUUUUGUAUUUGUGUACAAUUAUCAUUAUUAUUAUAUAGUGAUGUGCUGUGGUGACAUAGUCCCAAUACUGUUGUUUAGAAAAUUUAUUAUUUAUACAUUUUUUAUUUUUACAUUAUAAUUUUUAUGUAAAAACUGAUGAAUAUAUUAUUAGUUGAUAGUAUUCUUUUUAUAAUUUGAUGAAAUUCUGCUAUAAACAAAUUUAACACGCUGUAAACUAAUGAAUACUGUAUAUAAAUAUUGUAUUAUUAUAUUAACUAUGUAUAACCUAACGUUGUAAAUACACA